AAUAUAAAUAAAGGAAACAUAUAAAUAUAGGAGUCAGCUGAACAUCUAUUUUGGUGUCAUUUUUUUUUUUGAAAUUCGAUCCGACAAACAAAAUGGAGCGGUGCAAAAAUCUGGGGUGUCUUUUAUUUUUUGUUCUUAUUUUUAGUGAGGCUGUUAUUGGCUCCUUGGAGGUAUUCAAACAGGACCACAAUCGCAUAAAACGCCAAGGUGGCUAUGGUGGUGGCUAUGGUGGUGGCUCAAGUCCUGGCGGCGGUUAUGGCUAUGGUAGCUCUGGGGAUAGCAGUUAUGGUUAUGGAUAUACUUCUUCAAGUGGCCAGCCAGGUCAAAUGGGCGGUGGCGGAGGAGGUGUUGGAGGAUUUGGUGGUGGUUUUGGCGGUGGUCCCGGAGGAGGUGGAGGUUUUGGAGGCGGUCCUGGAGGAGGUGGUGGUUUUGGUGGUGGUCCAGGAGGAGGUGGAGGCUUUGGUGGAGCUCCCGGAGGAGGUGGAGGCUAUGGUGGUGGUCCAGGAGGGGGUUAUGGAGGUUCCAGUGGCGGCUAUGGCGGUUAUGGUGGUUAUGGCAGAUAAUGUGUUUUAAAUAUAAAUGAAUUAAAAUGGUGUUUGUUAAAAACCAUCACAAAGAGGAUUUUGAAGUAAAAGUUUUACAAGGAUCUCAAGGAGUGGAUAUUUCAGAUUUUCAAAAAAUAACAAAAGGUUCAACAAAAUGGGAUUUUUGUUAUAUUUUUUACAAGGAAUAACAAACGUGGAUUUAAUAAAAAUAUAUUUUUUCAAGGACCAACACAAAUGUGAA